AUGACCUCUGUCUCCGCACACCAGGACCAGGGCACCUCGGACUCGCCUGCUUCUACUCCCGCCACCGUCACGAAGAAGUCUGCCUCCCAGACUUCCACCGGAGAAACGGCGACCCCUACGGCUUCAAGCACCAGUUCGCAUACGCAGCAUGGCAUAUCGCCCACACUACCGCCUGUAAACGCCAAAGCCCAUAUGCAGAACUCCUCGAACCCCGUUUCCGAUGGCUUGACCAUCGUGAACGGAAACACAGCUCCCUCUGUCCACAGCAACAGCAACAACAACCCUAAUAUCAACAACAGUGACCACAGCAGGAGACAGUCCGUCACCAUCAGUGCGGCCGGAACCAGCGGGUUCAUCCCGAAUGGAGGUCCUGCCUCGUCCGGACGGCCUAACAACCUUCGAUUCGGCGCGGUAGAGAGCUCUCCUCGGAUGGGACCGCCUGCCGUGCUUGCUAAUCAGUCACAGUCUUCCUUGGGCGUUGGCCCGUCUAACUCGCAGGGAACCUCUCCGCACACCUCCCCUUCGCCCAUUCCACAGCCCCUGGCCAGCGGUGGCCGUCCCCCGUCUUCCCUCCAGGGCUCAGGCAACAACCUGAACUUUAGAGCUGACAUGGACAACGAUCCAAACCGCAAUAUGAGAGGCCCCCAGAACCACUUUCGAAAAGAGUCCGCACACUCGAACCACGGCGACAUGGGUCAAGGCAUGCAAGGCGGCGGCGGAGGAGGCAACCGCGGUGGAUUCCAUGGUGGUCGUGGCGGCAGAAGUGGCUAUUCUCAAGGCCACCAUAACCAUAACCAUAACCAGCACCAACACCAGCAUCAGCAUCAGCACCAGCACCAGCACCAGCACCAGCCUCAGAUGCCGUACAACUCGCCAAACCAGUCCUACAGGUCGCACCCGCCUGGCCGAGGCGGCCCAAACAUGGACCCUCGAUACAAUAAUGCACAGCAACGACCGUACGGCAACUACCCUAACCCGCCCCAUCAGCAACCCAUACCCAGUCCCGCGCUGUCCCACACGAACCCGGCUACUCCCCAGAUGGCUUCGGUCCCGUUGACCAACCCGCAGAUGCAGGCACCGCAAUAUGGAGCUUAUCCGCAGCCCAUGGCAACUCAACAAGUAAAGCAACAACUCUUCCCCAAGUUUCAUGGCAAACGCCGCUCUGGAUCUUCCUACAAAAAGCACUCUUCUCACUCUUCCUCAAAUUACAACCCUGCACCAUACCAUCACAAUGUCCCUAUUCCACUUCCGCAACCACCUCCUCCACUUCCCCAAUUCACUCAUCCAUCAUAUCAACCCAUAUCAUAUGAACCACUUCCUCCCCCUCCCCCUGCCCAAUCAGCUCCUCAAUCAGCUCCCAUUACACAACCUCCGCCAGGAGAAUUAUUACAAUUUCCUCCCCCACAAGAACAGCAAACUCCGCAUAUCUCCCUCUCUCCAGAAAGCGGCAAUUUUGAACAGCUUCUAACAAAAUUCAAAUCUCAGGGAUACCCCCCGCCGUAUGACAAUAAUGCUACCUAUUAUUAUCCAAACCAAUACGGCAUGCAGCCUAUGCCUAUUGUUCCCUCUUCCCCCCGAAACACCUACGGAAUGCCCCACCAGCAGUACAUGCCAGCCCAGUACGGAGCACAACCACACCAGAUGCCCCAGGGAGUGCCUAUCGCUAGAUCUUCUUCGCAAAUGUCCGCUACAGACCGGCCUGGCAGCAGUGUCGGUCAGGUCCCACAGCCCGCCGGCCCAGGCGGUCCCGGCCAUCAGCACACCGGCAGCCGCACCAACACAGCAAGCCCCGUCAAUCAGUCCCAAUUUGUCGUGCCAAAGAAGAAUAGCCCUCUUAUCAUCCGUGACCCCGGCAGUGGUGUCGUCAUCAAACCGUCAAGUUCCCCGGCUCGUGGAUCUGCCUCUCCUGCGAAACUGGGUGUCACCCCUACUUCCACUCCUCCACCUCGCACUGCCAGCCGCGGGGAACCCGAUGUUUCGGACGCAAAAUCUCAAAGUGGUGAGGAGAAGAAGCAGAGCUUCCAGAACGCCGUUGUCCAAAGCCUUCGAGAAAAGGAGGCCGGAGAACAAAAGUCUGUUGCUGCCAAGACUGAAGAGAAAACCGCUGAGAAACCCGCCAAGCCUGCUGCGUCUGCCCCUGAAACCAAAGCAGAAACUACUGAUAAGCCAGACAAGAUGGUCGAAGAAGUAGUUGCUGAGAAGACUGCUCCAAAGGAAGAAGAGAAGAAGGCUCCUGUCGAGCCUGCCAAGCCCGCAGCAGAUGAUGAGAUCGACUACGAUGCUAUUGAGCGGGAACUGGCCGAGCUAGAGGCCGCUGAGGCCGCUGCUGAAAAGGCUUACCAGGAGAAGAAAGCUAAGGAGCAGGCUGAAGCAGCUCUAAAGGCCAAAGAGAGUGCCGCUGCUGAAGAAGAAGCGUUGAAGAAGGCUGAGCGGGAAGCCGAAGCCGCGGAGGAGGAACGUAUCCGGAAACUGGAGUCUGGCGAGAAUGAAGCCGACAGAAAAGAGCGUGAAUCUCUCUUUGCUUCUCUGAGAGGAAAAUCGGCUACACCAGCCGAGAGUCCUGCCAUUGCUACUCCUACCGAGAGCGGUGCCGCAACCCCGGUUUCCGAUACCUCGAUGGGUCCACCACAGAAGCCAUUGCCCGGCAAGCGUGAGAAGCCAGCGUCUCUCAAGCUCGAGACGAACAAGCAGGUUGAACCGCCACAACCCAGCGCGGCUAUGAAGUCUCUGCACUCCGCUCGCUUCCUUGAAGAUCCCAGCAACGUCUCCUAUCCUCCCUCAGUCGUCUCUCCUAACCCUGCCCUCAACUCCAACGCCCCGGCUGACCGCAAGUUCAAAUAUAAUAAGGAGUUCUUGCUUCAGUUCCAGAACGUCUUCAAAGAAAAACCAUCUGUCGAUUGGGAUGCUCGCGUUCGCGAGACUGUUGGUGAUGGCUCGACUGAUUCUGCUCGCACACCUGUACGCACCCCUGGGCCUAGAUCAGGCGCUAGCCGUGGUCCUUCACAAGGACCUAUGAUGGGCCACUUCAACCAACCUGUCAGAACCCAGACUCUUCCAACUGGCUCUGACCGAUUCCCUGUCAUGAACGCCCCCCGCGGCUCGUCCAAGGGCGGAAACCCCUUCGGACAAUUCGGCCCACUCAACCCCAUGGGCGCCAGAUCUGCUUCCUCAGCCGGCUCCCAGCUCGGUGGUUCUAGGAACCCCAGCCACAGAGGCGCUCGCACCGGAAGCAGACAGCAAAAGAAGAAGGAAGAGGAACUCAGCAAGACUAUGCCUCUUACGGCCAACCUCGAAAUUAAACCACUCAACGCCUCCGGCACAGGCUGGAAACCCCGCAGCAUUGGCAGUAAGACUCAAACUGCUGCUCCAGACGGCCAUCUCCCACCAGAUGUUGUACAGGGUAAGGUGAAGAGUAACCUGAACAAGAUGACUCCCGAGAACUUCGACAAGAUCUCCGGCCAAAUUCUGGAUAUCGUUGCUCAAUCCAAGGACGAAUCAGACGGCCGUACUCUCCGCCAAGUCAUCCAACUCACUUUUGAAAAAGCUACCGACGAAGCCCACUGGGCCUCUAUGUAUGCCAAAUUCUGCAUGCGUAUGCACGAGAGCAUGAGCCCCGAAAUCAAAGAUGAAAACAUCCGGGAUCGAAACGGCACUAUCGUCGCUGGAGGAAGCCUGUUCCGCAAAUACCUACUUAACCGCUGUCAGGAAGAAUUCGAGCGGGGCUGGAAAGUCAACAUGCCUGAAAAGCCAGAGGGUGUUACAGAAGAAGUUGCCAUGAUGUCUGAUGAAUACUACAAGGCUGCGGCCGCCAAACGACGUGGUCUCGGUCUUGUCAAGUUUAUCGGAGAACUUUUCAAACUGGGCAUGUUGACUGAGAGAAUUAUGCAUGAUUGUGUCAAGAGAUUGGUUGAUUAUGACGGUGUUCCUGAUGAAGCGGAGGUGGAGAGUUUGGCUAGCUUGCUGAGAACUAUUGGUGCUAGUCUGGAUAGUUCUGAGAAGGGCCAUGCUAUGAUGGAUGCUUACUUUGCCCGUAUCAAAUUGAUGAUGGAUACCACGGAACUGCAGAGCAGACAUCGUUUUAUGCUUAUGGAUGUUAUUGAUUUACGAAAAGCUAAAUGGAUAUCAAAGGAUGCCGACAAAGGCCCUAAGACCAUUGCAGAAAUCAGAGAAGCCGCUGCGCGAGCUCAGCAAGAGCAAGAAAUGGAGCGAGCCCGCCAGCAAGCCAGCAGAGGAGGCGGUGGCCGUAUGCACCUUGGCCGCGGCGAUGCUAGAAACUUCAGCGGAUACGGUGCCCAAGUUCCUCCUCCAGACUUCUCUAACAAGGUCGGCAGCGAUGAUCUCCGUCGUCUGAAGACCGGCAGAAACACAAACCAGCCUGCAUCCUUCAGCCCCUCAGGCCUCCUUGGCUCGAGGAGUGGAAGUGGCCGCAGAAACCUCGGCCCAGGCGGCAACCUUGUCCGUGGCGGAGAAGAUAGCGGUGCAAGCAGUCGUACCGGUACACCGCCAGCCGGCAAAGAUAAAAAAGACGAGUCAUCCCAAAAUGCAUUUAGUGCCCUAGCAGGCCUGGACGCAGGCGAUUCCCUAGCAACCUCCCCACCCUCCAACCCAUAG